CUGAACAAGACUCAUGUAACCGUUGGAAGUGUCAAAAUAUAGUUUGUUGUCUUCAACUCUGGGCUGCGUCGUCUCAUGAAUCUUCUCUUCAAACGCCAUUGUAGCUCUCUUGCCUCUCUCAAUCUCAAAACCAACAGAUGCCCAUCAACAAGAGAAUCCCAGAUCCUCGACCUCUGCAAAUCUGGCUCGCUUUUCCGUGCGAUUCACCUCCUGAACUCCAUACCCACUUGUAAAAUCUCCUUGAAGCCAAUUCUGUAUGCAACUCUCUUGCAGACUUCCACCAAAGUCUUCUCCUUUAAUCACGGUCUUCAAAUCCACGCGCAUGUUGUCAAGUCUGGUCUUGACACCGAUCGUUUUGUGGGAAAUAGUUUGCUUGCUCUGUACUUCAAGUUGUGUCCGGAUUUCAGAGAGACCAGGAGGGUUUUUGAUACUUUAUUUUUUAAAGAUGUGAUUUCAUGGACAUCGAUGAUAUCGGGGUAUGUCAGAGUGGGAAAACCCAUGGACUCGCUUGAAUUGUUCUUCGAAAUGUUGGAUUUUGGUGUUGAGCCAAAUGGGUUCACUUUAUCUGCUGUAAUCAAGGCAUGCUCGGAGAUUGAGGAACUAAAGCUUGGGAAAUCAUUUCAUGGUGUUGUUAUCACUCGUGGAUUAGAUUCAAAUCAUGUUAUUUCAAGUGCUUUGAUCGAUAUGUAUGGGAGGAAUCGUGAAAUUGAAGAUGCACGGCGGGUGUUCGAUGAAAUGCUUGAACCAGAUGCCUUUUGUUGGACCUCUGUUAUUUCGGCAUUUACAAGGAAUGAUUUGUUUGAAAAAGCUUUGGGUUUCUUUUAUUUGAUGCAAAGAAAUCAUGGAUUGAAUCCGGAUGAGUUUACAUUGGGGACUGUUUUGGCAUCAUGUGGUAAUCUAAGGAGGUUGAGGCAAGGUAGGGAAAUUCAUGCCAUGGUUGUUAGCUCUGGACUUUGCGGAAAUGUUGUUGUUGAGAGCAGCAUUGUUGACAUGUAUGGAAAAUGUGGCUCGGUUGGGGAAGCUCAAUGUGUUUUCAAUAGGAUGUCAAAGAAGAACUCGAUUUCUUGGUCUGCUUUGCUGGGAGGAUAUUGUCAAAAUGGGGAGUAUGAACCCGUUAUUGAGAUUUUUAGAAAGAUGGAAAAAUCUGAUCUUUACAGUUUCGGAACUGUUCUUCGUGCUUGUGCAGGUUUAGCAGCUAUAAAACUUGGGAAAGAGGUUCAUUGCCAGUAUGUUAGGAGGGGUGGUUGGAGAGAUGUGAUUGUAGAAUCAGCUUUGGUAGAUCUUUAUGCCAAAUGUGGUUGUGUUGAUUUUGCUUAUCAAGUAUUUGUCCAGAUGCCAGUUCAAAAUUUAAUAACAUGGAACUCUAUGGUUUGUGGAUUUGCUCAGAAUGGAAGAGCAGGAGAAUCUAUUCGAAUAUUCGAUGAGAUGAUUAAGAAAGGGAUUAAGCCUGAUUAUAUUAGCUUUAUUGGUGUUCUCUUUGCUUGUAGUCACGCAGGUUUGGUUGAUGAAGGGAGAACAUACUUUACCUUAAUGACUGAAGAUUAUGGGAUUAAAGCAGGAAUUGAGCACUCUAAUUGCAUGGUUGAUCUCCUUGGCCGUGCCGGUUUGUUAGAAGAAGCUGAAAGUUUGAUAGAGAAUGCAGGUUGUAGAAAUGAUUCAUCUCUGUGGGGGGUGCUCCUUGGUGCUUGCACAACUUCCACAAACUCUGCCACAGCAGAACGGAUUGCUAAGAAGAUGAUGGAAUUAGAACCUAAUGACCACAUGAGCUAUGUUCUUUUGGCUAAUGUUUAUAGAGCAGUGGGUCGAUGGAGUGAUGCAGUAAAUAUUAGGAAGUUGAUGGAGAAUAGAGGUGUUAAGAAGACAAGCGGCAAGAGCUGGAUUGAAACUCCUAAUAACUUGGAGUCUCGCAUUGAUGCACACACCUUGUGUUUGGAAGGAGAAAAUAAUCAAUCAGGAAUGGGAAGUUCUGUUUGAGGAUUUUAUUGUUGCUGUGAUCAUAUGGGGUCUAUUACCCUUCCUUCCUGCUUUUAAUGAUCCUCAAACAGACUGCUUUUGAGACAAACGGAAUCAUGGAAAGGAGGAGUUACAGUCCCUAACCAUGAAGGCAAAUGCAACCAAUGAGAAAACAUGGUCUUCAGGCGGCUAUGAGAUGUUGACUCUGAUCUCGCAGCGCUCCAACCCAAUCUAUUUGAAGCAGCACUCAGACCCUAUACUGUAGAUCAUUCAAUUUAGCCCUAACUAAUUUUUUUCUAGUGAGUAUGACCAUAAAACUCUUUGAGAUCUCAAAUAAAACCUCUUAGGUUAAUUUUUAGUUGUCCGAUUCAGUACGUCCUAUUUGGAAGUACUAUCCAUAUAUUUUUUGCUUACCACUUGGAGCGUCUGAAUAUUUCCCUUCUUUUUUCUUAAAUUCUUAAUGUUUCUGUUGUAUCAGCAAUAUCAUGACAAGACCUAUUUUUUGCUUGUACAUAAAAGGCAGAACAAUAUAUCUGCUAUUGGGGCACCUAAUUCCCUUGCCCUGUUCCUUCCUGUAACAAUUAAAC